UUGGAGAGCAAUUUUAAGCUCCAGUAAACUGUGAAUGAAGCUAUUUUUAUCCCUAUUGAAUUGUGAGGGAAUCAAGUUAGUGUUAGCCAGGGUAUUGAAACUGUCAAGACAAGGGAGCCAGGUUAGCUAACACUCGUGCAUGACAUGCCCAGGGAAGAAUAGGCAGAUAACUAAGCAAUGGAAGGGUGCUCUAACACAAUUACGGAGAAAAAGCAUAAAACAAAGAUGUCAUGACACAUUUGCUGCAACCUCGACAUGGCCGCCACAUGCCAAUUGGUACACACAAUUAGGGGCAACAAUUGGCCUUGUGACUUUCUUCUAUUUUCCAUCUUGGUGGACUGUAAACCAUACGAAACAGCUGUCAGAAGGAGAAACGAAAACCAUUGCUUGUGUAUAUCUCGCACAGACAGCCUUCAGAACAAUCAUAGAGUUCGGCUUCGGUGUCACACAGGUUGCCUUAUAUGGGUUCCAGAUCCCUAGUCAGUUCGUCUGUUCAGUGAACAAUGAAAGAAUACCAUGUGAUGUUCUCAAGGUCACCGGGAAAACUGCCAUCCUUGUUGCUAUGCUAAUUAUCUCCCUAGCCGUGGUGGUUUUGCAUGGGGUAGAGUCAAUUAAGGCAAUCAUAAUGUUUCGAAGAGGCAACAGUCAUAUACUCUUACCAAUUCUUGUGGAUCAUGGUUCAAUCUUACCUCGGGAAGUUGAUCAAGAUCAGAGGACAGCUGAUAGGGGACCAGUCCACCAGGAGAUAACUGAUACCAUAAGAAGUGUUCAACAAAAAAUUGGAUUAGUGUAUGCCACAAACUACUUCUAUGCAUACCUGAAGAUUGUCAUCCAACGAGGUUUAUGUCUAAGCUCAAAAUUGAAGGACACGAUUCAAGAAUAUAUUGAUAAAAAAGAUUUGAAACGAAGAAAAAUUAAAAUGGCUAAAAAGCUGUAUAUACUAGUUCCUGAUUCUGGAAGAUGUCCAAAAUUGAUGAGCGAAAAGGACCCCGAAAUGAGUGAAGCAUAUUUCUUCACGUUUAAAGCAAAUCGUGCAGGUUCGGCGAGGAUAUUCAGAAACACAGUGUGGAAAUUUAAGAUUGGAGACCAGGUUUAUCACGCCUUGGCUGAGUUUGCUACUAUCCUUCAUACGUUGUCAGAGUUGCCGGAAUUGACCAUGAACGACGAGGACAAGAAGAAUGAAACGAGAAAAUUUUACGAUGCUCUCAAACUUUAUAUUGAUAACACUUUCGGAGAGGAUGGUGAUGUUGUUGAACUAGUACAUAUCAACGAUUCAUCGCCAACGAUAUCUAAAGUCCUUAAAGAGAAAAUAGAUAAAGAGGUUGUUGACAUUGGGUCAGAUACCCCGCUGAUAUGAUAUUUCACCGCUGUAUAGUGGAAGCAUUCAUAUACUCAAAGAGCUUAAUGUUUUUUGGAUGGUUGGCCCUUUUAGCGCCCAAUUGCCUGGCCUAUUUGGCAGUAUUCACAAGUUCAUAUAUAUACAGGGUGUUCAAAAAAAACGCAACCCAAAGAAAUCGCUAUAUCUUGAAAAAUACUGGUUCAAUUAUGUUCAUAUUUUCAGGAA